AUGAGUGCCAUCAUUUGGAAUGUGAGAGGUGUAGCUAGUGUAGCUACUCGUCGGAGCCUGAAGAAACUUAUACAGCUUCAUCAGGUUUAUCUGUUAGUUUUACUAGAGCCCUUUAUUCUUCAACACAGCUUUGCAUAUAUUCGACGUUACCUGCACUUCGAUACGGGAGCUCAGAAUGAAUCGAAUAAGAUUUGGUUUUUCUGGAACUCGGGGACUAAUGUUACUAUUAUUGUUGAUCAUCCCCAGUUUCUUCACGUUAAAGUUGAGGACCCCAGACUAGCUCUUCCCAUCUAUUUUACUCCAGUUUACGCUUCUUGUGAUGCUUCUGUCAGGAGGGAUUUGUGGGCGGGUCUUCACCACAUCUCCCUCGAUAUGGAGGACCCUUGGAUAGUUGGGGGAGACUUUAACGUUAUUACUCAUGAUGGAGAGCGCACGGGUCAUAAUACUCGUGAUCGAGGCACUACAGCUUUUUCUGAUAUGAUGUUGGACAGUGGUCUAGAGGAUGCAGGUUUCCUUGGGAAUCGAUACACUUGGACCAAUGGGCGGGUCAGGAAGAGAUUGGAUAGAGUACUCAUUAAUUCUUCAGCUGCAGCACUUUGUCAACAGCUUACAGUGAAGCACUUGAAUAGGACUUCAUCUGACCAUUCACCCUUAUUACUUCAGUGGACUUCUGAUGAUGACUUGGGGCCUAGGCCUUUCAGAUUCCUCAACCGAGUGAGGGAUGCUGAGGACAGGGUUGAUGAGGCAGAAAUUGUAUUUGACAGUGACCCUACACCGGAACAUCGUGACAUACUGCAUCAGGUUCAGGCAGCUUUGAACCAGACUUUAUCUAUUGAGGAGGGCUUCUGGAAGCAAAGGGCUGGCUCACGUUGGGUAUGUGAAGGAGAUCACAAUACUCGAUACUUCCAUGCGAUGGUUCAAGGACGCCGUAUCAGAUCGCGUAUUAGGUCCAUCAGGACACAGGCAGGGGAAGUCUUAGCUACUCCUGCUGAUUCUGAUGUCAUUCUGAGGCUAUUGACGGCGGAUGAUAAUUUGGCACUAAACCGCUCCCCUUUGAUUCAUGAGGUACGGGAGGCAGUUUUCAGUAUUGAUGCUGACAAUGUCGCUGGCCCGGAUGGCUUCUCAUCCCUAUUCUUCCAGCAUUGUUGGGAUAUUAUUCAGGAGGAUGUUUACAGGGCGGUAUUGGACUUCUUUGAUGGUGGUCAUCUUCCACGGGGUUUUGCUGCUACUUCUAUUGUCUUGCUACCUAAAAAGGAUGGUGCUUGCAGAUGGACUGAAUUCAGGCCAAUCAGCUUAUGCACAGUGUUCAAUAAGAUUAUUACUAAGCUUUUGAACACUCGGUUGAGUACACUGCUACCGCGCAUUAUUUCCCCUCCACAGAGUGGUUUCAUCCCAGGCCGUCUGAUUGGAGAUAAUGUUUUAUUGGCUCAAGAGCUUCUCUACACUUUAGAUGAUAGAGUGCGAGGGGGAAACACUAUGCUGAAGUUAGACAUGGCUAAAGCAUAUGAUCGCAUGGACUGGGGCUUCAUUUAUUCUGUAUUGGAGGCAUUUGGAUUUGAUCAGAUCUGGAUUGACAGAAUCAGGCGGUGCAUUUCGGAGUGUCGUUUCUCCGUACUCCUAAAUGGCCGCCCAUGUGGCUUUUUUCCCUCCUCACGAGGACUCAGACAGGGUGAUCCUAUCUCCCCAUCCUUGUUCAUCAUUGCAGCAGACUACUUCUCACGUUUGCUCACUCAGAGGUUUCAAGAGUAUCCCAGUAUGUGUUAUCGACAUGGAGGUUGUGCUCUUGUCUCACAUCUCUCAUUUGCUGACGAUAUGAUUAUCUUUGCCAACGGUCAGAAACAGUCUAUCAGGAGGGUCUUAGACUGUUUGGAGCAUUAUGAAGGAGUUUCUGGCCAAUUGGUGAAUAGAGACAAGAGCGGUAUUAUACUAUCCAGACGGGCAUCCACUAGUCAGAUCAGACGACUAGAGAUUUUGACGGGCUUCAGACAUCAGCAGCAGCCUUUCACUUAUUUGGGUGUCCCCUUAUUCAAGGGGACUAAGAGGAGCUUCCUUUAUGAUGACCUUAUCCAAAAGAUAAGGGAUAGGAUAUCAGGCUGGGCCUCACGAUUACUAUCGCCUGGGGGUCGUAUUACAUUACUGAGGUCAGUACUUUCUUCCAUACCUUUACAUCUUCUUCAGAUUAUGCAGCCGCCCAAGACAGUGCUGAAGAAACUUGAGAGCAUCUUUGCCCGAUUCCUAUGGGACUCUAAGGAUCAAGCACGACGUCUACAUUGGAGGAGUUGGAAGAAGAUUUGCCUUCCUACUGAUGAGGGAGGCCUCGGCUUUAGGAGACUACAGGAUGUGGUGGACACCUUCUCCAUGAAGCUCUGGUGGUUGUUCCGAUCUCAGAGGUCACUUUGGGCUCAGUUUUUACUGGGCAAGUAUUGUAAGGGGACGUAUCCUUCACUUGCAGCAGUUCCUAGUUCAGCUUCCCCUACCUGGAAGAGGCUGAAAUCAGUUGGGCCACGGACGGAUCCACACAUUGCUUGGCACCUUGGAGCCGGUCAGAUUUUCUUCUGGCAUGAUUGUUGGAUGGGCGAGACCACGUUGGCAUCCCUAUUCCCCCACAGACAGCACACAUCUGCGAGGGUACAGGAUUUUUUUGAUGACACUGGGUGGGAUUUCGGACGGUUAUUACAGGCCCUUCCUUCUCACAUGGCGGGACAGAUAGGGGCGAUAUCUUUAUGUGCAGAUGCCCCGGACCGAAUUGUUUGGAAAAUUACUUCGGAUGGUGAAUUUACCACCAAAUCAGCAUGGCAACUUGUUCGUUCGGUUCGCCAGCCUCAGGACUCAUAUCGACUGCUGUGGAGCUCUAUUUUGCCUGCCACUAUUUCAUUCUUCUACUGGAGACUAUGGCAGGAUCUCAUACCAGUAUGGAAGCACUUUGGAGACAUCUUUCAGAUACCUAUGACUUCAGGAGAGGGGGCCAGACAGAGGUUCCAGAGAUGGCGGUAUUAUGGACAGCACGUCUGUCGUGGACACAUUCGUAUUAUCAUUCCUCUACUGGUAUUUUGGUUUCUAUGGACUGAGAGGAAUGAUGCGAAGCAUAGAGGUAUUCGUAUGGUGGCCAGACGUAUUAUUUGGAGGGUCUACCGCAUGAUCUCCUUCCUUCAUAUGGGAGGACUAUUUCGAGUCGAGCAUUGGCGAGGAGAUGUGACACUUGCAUCCUUUUUUGGAAUUUCUUUGACCCGUCCUCUCCCACCACCACCUAUUAUGAUUGUUUGGCGUACUCCACCUAUUGGAUCCUACAAGAUCAAUACCGAUGGAUGCGUCAAAGAUGGAUUUGCAAGUGGUGGAGGCAUCAUUAGGGACCACGCAGGAUACUGUAUCAGGGCAUUCUCAGCAUCAUAUGGAACAUGUUUCAUUUUGGAGAUCAGAGACGACAUUUGCCUUGACAGAGACACAGUUUCUCAUAUCUACAGAGAAGGUAACCAGGUUGCAGAUUCUCUUGCUUCAGAGGGUUGGGAUCACCAACAUUACCAAGAAUAUGGACCACUUGACCUGCCCCGACAAAUUAGGGCAUUGGUGCAGAUCGACAGAUAUGGAUUGCCCAGCUUUAGAGGUUUAUGCCCCCCUCCUUUCCUGUACUCUUGA